GUGGGUAUAAGUCGGUAAAGCUACUCCCACCUUGUACACAUUUUCCACUUUGCCAAAUCAAUAUGAUGGACGUAAGCAGUAUGUACGGAAAUCAUCACCAUCAUACUAAUAAUUAUCACAGCAGUAGCACUGAAAUGGCUGCCGUUGCAGCUGCUACCGCUGCCGCUUCAAACGGUUACACGAAUACUUACUUUCCAGCUAACGCAGCUAUGCCAACUCACCCACACUCCCACCAAAAUCAACACCAGCAUGGACAUCAUUUUGGAUAUACAAAUUAUGAUGGCGCAUCGCCUAAUUACUACCAGCAACAUCAACAUCAAUUAACCCCACCACCGACCACAGUGCAAAUAUCAACAACAACCGCUGUUAACAAUGUACAACAACAGCAACAACAAUCAUUAUACUCGCAUCAUUCACACCUGUUUAGUCCGAGUGCAGCAGAAUAUGGCAUCACAACAUCCUCAUCUGCUAGUGGUGGUACAUCAAAUACGCCACUCCAUCCUACUAGUCAUUCACCAACAGAAUCCUACUAUGAAAGCGAUUCUGUCCAAUCUUAUUACGCGACAGCGGCUGUGGCUACUGUGCCGCCAUCAACGAAUUCCCCUGUAACAGCUGCAAAUGCAGCACAUAAUCCAACCGCUCCAGUUGAUCCGCCUAUAAUAAGUUCGGAAAAUGGACUAAGUUAUACUAAUUUAGAUUGUUUGUAUAAUCAAAGUCAAACAGUAGCGCAACAACAACAUGGUUACCCAGCAUUGCCAGUUAAUACUGGCACAAAUGUGGAGGAAAAAUAUGCUGCAGUACUGCACUCUGCAUAUGGUGGUGCUGGUUUGGUAAUUGAUGAUCCACUCAUGCAAAUGUCAGCUGGUCAACAACACUCACCAACACAAAUAUGGCAUCACCAACAUAUAAAUAAUCCUUAUCCGCCUACGAUUGAUGGUGGACUAACAAUGGAAUCCUUAACUAGCAUGCAUUCCCAUGUACAUCAUAACAUGCAUCCACAUAUGCAACAAGCGGCGCAGCAAUCUUUACAACAGCAACAGAGUCAACUCUCACACCACGGUUCCACAUCGAGCGGUACGUGCAAUAAUUCUCGCCACCAACAUGUCAUCUCACCAAAUAGUUCAAGUCAAGCUUCUUCGUCCUCAAUAUCUACUAACCAAAACAGUCCACAAACUAACAAGUCUCCAAAUCAUUCUAGUAAUUUGCCAACCUAUAAAUGGAUGCAAGUCAAACGAAAUAUACCAAAACCACAAGGUGAGUUUUGUUCAAAAAACGUUUUAUUCAUAUACCAUAUAUUCUCAGAAUUAUAUUCUUCAAAAUUGUUAAAUUUUUCUCUCGGCGAUGUUAAGCAAGCUAUUCAACAAAUGACAGAAAAAUUCGAAUCUAAUACUGCAGACCUGAGUAGUAACUUUGAUUCGCAAAUAGCUACACUAACAUCAAAGAGAGAAAUAUGCGAACUUAAGGAACAAAUAGGCAACGUAUCACUGAAACCCAAAGGUUAA